UCUAGUUCUUCUGUUGGAGGGACAGGACUGUGUGAAUGGGGGAUGGACGUUCCCACAAACACUCAGACGGUUUAUCAAACUCUUUGUCAAAUUUACAUGGUCCAAAGAAAAAAUACAAUGCGAAUGAGAAGAAGAAAUACAAAGCGAAGCCAUAUCAUGUCUUCUAAUGCCACGCACUUCACAUAAGAAGAGACUGUUGAACCCGCACAAGUCUCAGCUGUUGUUUGUAGAGGCGCCCAUCAAUGGACCAAAGCAUGAAUAUGGACCACAACUACGGAGCGCCAUUCAUCCCAGGUCAUUUAUAUCUGAAAAACAACAGCAAAGUGGUGCACCAUGUACCUCUUGGGUGUCUCCACAGUUUAAUUCACUUGAGACCACGACGGUUAGUCGAGGGAAGAGAGCUAACAAGGCAGGUACGAAAAUCACAAACAAGGUGUCAGUUUUGGGUUUACCUCCGGCUAGAAAAACAAGGGGCUGCAAAUAUACUCCCUUGUCCUUUAAUGCAACCACAGGACGUGAAAACCUUCGUAGUUCAUGGACGAAGAAUGAUUGGCUCGUUUCUUCAGACAGCCAUCGCAAGGAACUUCAAGAAACCUCAAGAAGAACUCAGUUUCCUCGAAAAGGGGUGGAGAGGAAGAUGGCUGGACGUAUUACAUCUGCUACCUCCAGGCGUACAUGCGUUUCAUUCCGUAAAAAUGGAAAUGGAAUGAAUAAAGCUUCCAUUCACACACCCAACACAAGCACAGUUCCAGAUCCACCAAAUGUAGAGACGCCAGAAAUGCCACACUUUUCCAGCACUUCUCCAACCAAUGUUCAACAUCUCCUUUUCUCCUCAAAUCAGGCAAAAACUCCUCCACGAACCGAGAACACAAGCAUCCUGGUGAAGGACACGCCUGAGAAAGACUAUGGGCUGAGGGUAACAUGGAGACGAAGGAAAGGACUGAUGAAAUUAUUGAUUGACAAGGGUCAGCUUCUUCUGACAGAUACAGAAGUUACCAAUGAGUGAACAUAGACCACGAGUUAACCGAAACAGUACAUUU